AGUGUACUAGCUCCCUGUUCAGGAUUUAGCCUUAAUGUUCGUCCGGCAUGCAGACUUCUGGAUAAACAAGCUCAACUCAGCUAAAGAAACGUUAAUAAACUUGUUCUCUUUUGGCGAAUUUUAUAGCGAAAGAUUAUUUAGAGAUAAAACAACGCGAUUAUUAAUUUCUAAAAUCAUGCCCUCCGCCUGCGACUCUCUCAUUGACGAUAUCGAGGACAUUGUGUCCUCCAGCGAGCAGGCUCCUCUCCAGCGCUCGUCCACCAGACAGUCCGUCGUUCCCCGCGUGAGAAAACGGAAAGAUCUCACAGCUAAUGAGGAGCUGCAGGCGGACAGCGUGAUCCCGGGCACGCAGAAAGUGUGGUUGAGGACGUGGGGCUGCUCACACAACAGCUCAGAUGGAGAAUACAUGGCCGGACAACUGGCUGCGAGUGGCUACAAGAUGACCGACGACCCGUCUGAGGCAGAUGUUUGGCUGCUGAACAGCUGCACGGUAAAAAACCCAGCGGAAGAUCACUUCAGGAACAACAUCAAGAAGGCUCAGGAGCAGAAUAAGAAGGUGGUGGUAGCAGGAUGUGUUCCUCAGGCUCAGCCCAGGAUGGAUUACCUCAAGGGCCUGAGCAUUAUAGGGGUCCAGCAGAUCGAUCGCGUGGUGGAGGUGGUGGAUGAAGCGGUGAAAGGUCACUCCGUACGUCUGCUGGGUCCGAAGAAAGAUAAUGGCAAGCGGCUUGGUGGCGCUCGAUUGGAUUUGCCGAAGAUUAGGAAGAACCCGCUGAUUGAAAUCAUUUCCAUCAAUACAGGAUGUUUGAACGCUUGCACAUACUGCAAAACCAAGCACGCACGAGGCGACCUGGCCAGUUACCCCAUCGAAGAACUGGUGGAACGAGCCAGACAGUCCUUCCAGGAGGGAGUGUGUGAGAUCUGGCUGACGAGCGAGGACACGGGUGCUUAUGGGAGGGACAUUGGCACGGAUCUGCCCACUCUGCUGUGGGAGCUGGUGAAGGAGAUCCCUGAGGGCUGCAUGCUUCGCCUGGGCAUGACCAACCCACCCUACAUCCUCGAACACCUGGAGGAAAUGGCAAAGAUCCUGAAUCACCCGCGAGUGUACGCCUUCCUGCACGUCCCCGUCCAAUCAGCAUCCGACAGCGUGUUGAUGGACAUGAAGAGAGAGUACUGCUGUGACGACUUCACACAUGUCGUUGACUUUCUGAAGGACAGGGUUCCAGGCAUCACCAUCGCCACUGACAUCAUCUGCGGCUUUCCGGGAGAGACGGACGAGGACUUCCAGCAGACAAUGGAGCUCGUGAGAAAGUACCGGUUCCCGAGCCUCUUUAUCAACCAGUUCUACCCACGACCUGGAACUCCCGCGGCCAAGAUGGAGCAGGUCCCGGCUCAUGUGAAAAAACAAAGAACGAAGGAGCUGUCUGCACUGUUCCACUCAUAUAACCCUUACGACCAUAAGGUCGGAGAGAAGCAGAGUGUGUUAGUCACUGAGGAGUCGUUCGACGCUCAGUACUACGUCGCCCACAACAAAUUCUACGAACAGGUUCUGGUUCCCAAAAAACCGGAGUUUAAAGGAAAGAUGAUCGAGGUGGACAUCUUCGAGGCAGGGAAGCACUUCCUGCGAGGUCGUCCGGUGGAGGACUCCACGGUCAUCACUCCAUCCAUCAACCAGCCGCUGGAGAAGGGAGAAAUAUCCGGCCUCAGCCAGAAACAGAAAGCUUCGAGUCAGAAUGGCGUCCAUGCCCCCCUGACGCCGGCGUCAAUUGGCUGCUCAUGGAACCUGGAUGGUCAAGGACUAAAGCUGCUCUCUGUAGGAUUGACUCUGCUGGCUGUUGUAGUGGUUUUCAUCUUUGAGAAACUUCAGUGACAUUGAAAUGGAGCCCGGCGUAUUGAGUUGUGAGUGUGUGAAUGACAGGAUCUGCCAAACGCCACACAUCUGCGAAGCGUCUGUAAGUUAAGGUCAAACCGAGGCAAUGAACUUCAUAAGCUUUUGAGCUCACUGAAAUAACUGAGGACACUGCGAAGGAUUUUACUAUUUAUUGUAAAGUUCGCCUUCAACACAGAAAGGAUUCUGUACUGUUUCUCAUCUCUUUAUUCAAUUAUCAGGAUCUUUUUUAUCUGUUGAAGGCACACACUUUAGAAAUCAGACUACAAGGACGUCCUGAAAACACCAUUGAGUUCAGUUUGGUUUUUUUAUUACUUUUUUAUUUUGCUUUUAAAAACGAUGUGUAUGGUUUUUUUGGCUCCAGGCACAAAGCAAUGCCUUUUUUGUUCAACAUCUUUGUCCAUGUCAACCUUAUUAAACAAAACUCCACUCUUU